AAAUGUCUAUUCAUAUAUUUAUCCCUUCAGUACAUUUUCUUUGCUAUGCCGACCUACACAAGGCAUGUGAUCUCGCCAUAGGCAACCUGAUUGGUCAAGUUGUUAUGGUGGGAGGAGAGAGGGAUCAAGAGAUGGUUAAGGGAAAGGAUAAUGCCAUCGAAAACACUCUAAAGCACCCAGAUCAUCUUUGAUUUCAAACCUCAACUGGGUUCAGGUCAUCACCUCUCGCAACGAUGCGUUUUCCGCCCCAAGGAAUGUAAAUUCAUCCCAACCAUUAAAAAAAUAUAUAUAUUUAUUUACUUUGGCAUGAUGCGUAUGCCUUGUCUGCGAAUCGAAGCAUGUUGAGACUCCUCCGAGCCCGCAGCAGGAGUUUGUUCCCUGGUUACAAACCCGGCAGCCGAUCUGGAGCCUUCAGGGAACCGAACGACUUUGUGGAUCUGACCGGGAUCUUUGUGAAGCCAUGGAAUUCCAUGCAGGAUCUAGGCAAAGACGUCUAUGAUCUUUAUGCUGAGGAUGAAGAGGAUGCGUCGCCGCCUCCCAUGCUACUUUCUCCGAUCAAGCACUUUGUGCUCAACCUCAAUGUUGGCGGAACUGUGUACCAGCUGCCCUACAGGUUAGCGGUUAGGUACCCGAAAACACGGCUCGGCCGCCUCGCCACAUCCACAGACCAUAACGGGAAGUUGGAACUAUGCGAUGACUACGUUGUGCACAGCAAUGAGUUCUUCUUUGACCGGGACCCCACUGUUUUCCAAAAUAUCUUCAACUUCUACAGGACCGGCGUGUUGUGGAUUAAAGAUGAGCUUUGCCCGCGUAACUUCCUGGAGGAAAUCAACUACUGGGGCAUCCGGAUCAAGAACAGCCACCGCUGCUGUCGCAUCUCAUUCGAGGAGAGGCAGGACGAGCUGACCGAGCAGCUGAAAAUACAGAAGCAGCUCAUGGCAGAGGUGGAGAUGGUGGCGAUGGAAGAGGACGAGGCCUUGUACAGAAACAUGAUCUUCGGACGCACUCGCUGGAAGAUUUGGAACAUGAUGGAAAAGCCCUUCUCCUCGGUUGCCGCCAAGCUGGUAGCUGUGGCAUCCUCAAUCUUUGUCCUGAUUUCACUGGUUACCAUGACGCUGAACACCGUUGAGGAGAUGCAGUACGAGACGCCAUCAGGGCAUCUUAGCGGCAGGUUCUACGGCGAACACGUGGAGACUUUCUGCAUCGCCUUCUUCACCCUGGAGUACGUUCUUCGCUUGCUGUCGACUCCCAGCAUCAGAAGUUUUGGACGCAGCGUACUCAAUUGCGUCGACCUGAUCGCCAUCUUGCCACACUACUUGCAGCUGCUCCUGGAGUUUUUCGAUGAUGGGGACACACAUGUACAUCCCGGAGACAUCGAAGCCAUGUCGCGUGUCGGGAAGUUGGGCCAAGUUCUGAAGAUCAUGCGAUUGAUGCGGAUCUUUCGGAUCCUGAAGCUGGCUCGUCACUCAACAGGCCUCAGAGCCUUCGGCUUCACACUGAGACAAUGCUACCAGCAGGUGGGCUGUUUGUUGCUCUUCAUUGCCAUGGGGAUCUUCAUGUUUUCCGCCAUGGUGUACACUGUCGAGCAUGACGUUCCCAAUACCAACUUCACCUCCAUGCCGCUUGCGUGGUGGUGGGCCGCUGUAAGCAUUUCCACGGUGGGCUACGGCGACAUGCUCCCGGAGACCAACCUGGGCCGCAUCUUUGCCUUCGCCUGCAUCGCCUUCGGCAUCAUCCUCAACGGCAUGCCCAUCUCCGUCCUCUACAACAAGUUCUCCGACUACUACGGCAAGCUCAAGUCGCAAGAGUACGCCGCCGUCACCAAGGCCCGCGGCGGCGACGUGCACUUUGCCCGAAGGGCGGCCAAGAAGCUUGCCGAAUGUUAUCAGGACGCCGUUCAGUCGAGGGCGCCUCGGCUGCAGCGUCAACCGCUUGACACGGCGGAAGAUAGAGCUCGUGUCAGGAAAGCUUUGGCAAUCCACGCUGACCUCACAUGCCCGUGACUUUAUUUACCGAUAAAACCGCACAAAGCGUCAAGAACUUUUUUUUUUCUUUUUUGGAAUGUUUGCACUCAUGGAAACUGCCUCCCCCAAUCGCACGUGCACCAUCAACUUUUUUACUCCCGUCUCUAUUCAUCUUAGGACCCUCACAAAAUUCAAGCCACUCCCUCGUCAUUUUAUGGAUCCAUCCAUUUUCCAAUUCGCUUAUACUCACGAGGGUCGUGGACAUGCCGGAUUAUAUCCCAGCUGUCUGGGAGUACCCGGAGAAAACCCACGCAGGCACGAAAACAUGCAAACUGCACACAAGAAGGCCGGAGCUGGAAUGGAACCCCGCACGUCUACACUGUGAGGCCGACGUGCUAACCAGGUGGCCACCGAAGAAAAUGGGAGGUGAGAGGUUCCAAUUAUCUUCAGCAGUGAUUUUUAUUAAUAUCCUUCAGAUUCAGUUUAAGAUUGUCCAAGUAGGCCGCAAAUGGCACUGGUACAAUAGGCAUUGUACGGGUGUGGCCUUGGACCUUAAACUGGAUCUCAAGGAUGGCUUUCCCACAGUCACGGGACUGUCAUUGUCACUCUUUUGAAUGCAAGCUGACAAAAAAGUGACGUCUGCUCUUCAUGUUAUCUUUCCUGGGAGUCCGCAACGGGUCAGCGCUAACAUUCUUACUUCCACUUCACUUUUCCA